AUGUCUGAUAAGAAAGCUGUGAUUAAAAAUGCUGAUAUGUCGGAAGAUAUGCAAAGUGAUCUGGUGUCAAUUUGUAGUGAAGCUUUGGAAAAGUAUAGCAUAGAGAAAGAUAUUGCUGCUUUUAUUAAAAAAGAAUGCGAUAAGAAGUACAAUCCAACCUGGCAUUGUAUAGUUGGAAGGAACUUCGGCAGUUACGUGACCCAUGAGACCAAGCAUUUUAUCUACCUAUACAUUGGACAAGUUGCAAUUCUCGCUUUCAAAUCUGGAUGA